CGGGGGCGGGGUUAGCCCCGCCCUCAUUCUUUAGACCUGACGUCAUUGUCGCUUGUGUUUUUUAUGAAUGAAGGAAUCCAACCUCAGAGAGCAGCGGAGUAAUUCCGGGAAAAGGCGGACUGACAUUUUGUCGCCAGAGUCGCUUCGACCCAGCAGCGUGUCUGUAUCUGUGUUGACUGGAGUUUGGGAGGGGGAAGAAAAACCGAAGACAGUCGGAUCAUGACGACAGAGAGGAGCAGCAAAGCCCUGAAGGUCAAGCAGGAAUGCGGCGAGAACGUGCCCAUCCUGUCGGACAGCGAGCUCAUGUCCCUCUCGGUACGAGAGCUGAACCUCCACCUGCGCGGCCUGUCCCGUGAGGAGAUCCAGAAGCUGAAGCAGCGCCGGCGCACCCUGAAGAACCGGGGCUACGCCGCUAGCUGCCGGGUCAAACGGGUCUCCCAGCGCGAAGCCCUGGAACAGCAGAAGACGGAGCUCCAGAGGGAGGUGGAGAGGCUCGGGGCGGAGAACGCCGGCAUGAGGAAAGAGCUGGAGGGGCUCGGCGCACGCCUGGCUGCGCUCCAGAGGUUCGCCAGGGGCCUGGAGGCCGGAGGGGGCCACCUGCUGGCUACGGCCCCUCGCCUCAACACCGCCUCAGUUAUCACUAUCGUGAAGAGUCCACCACAGCCUCAGCAACAGAGAGAACACGAGCCGUCCUAGAAGGAGCUUCUGGAACCAGACUGGGGGGGACGCACAACCUGCAAUGCAAAACACACACACACGCAUACAUUGACUGUACACAAAUGUUGAGAACAGGAAAACAAUAAUAGUAGGAAAAUACUAAACACUUGUUUGAGUUACACCUCGUUCGCAUUUCCAAAUUCUGCUGGAUUCCAUAUGCAGGAGUCAGUCGCUCCUGUGUGACACAGUGUUGACCCAGUGGUGUGAAACAUCACUGAACACACAACUGCUGCGCUUAGUUUUCCAAAGCAACGGCUUGGAUGGAGGCGUCCUCCACUUAAUGCUCUUGCAGUUUAUCUGACUGAAAUUUAGCUAAGUAAGUUUGUUUAGAUGCCGUCGGAUACAGCAGGUUUAAUGCGAACGACGUGUCAGAGCACUGAUGCGCUUAGUCGUCUCACACACACACACACACACACACAGACACACAGACACAAUGCACAAAAAUCCCUCACACACGUAGACGUUGACUACCUGGACUCUGACUGAAGCAAGACCAACCGAGAGUUACUGUACACCCUCACUCCUCUGUGCUCCAGAAAGGCUCCUCUCUGCUUCAGUGUAUGGCACCUGACCAACAGGGCGGAGCAAACGUGUGCGCAGCUCCUUCCGGCCCUACAGUGUCCGCAGUUUUCUAGCAGUUUUUUUUUUUUAUACCAACCCCGGCACAUGUGUCUCUGCUACUGUGCAGGAAAGUGUCCCAAAGUAUGAGUCACUUCUUGUUAGUCAUUAAUGAAGUUUCUCAACCGUGGCAUCACUUGAUAUGCAGGGGCGCAGUCAUGGGAGAAGCUAACACAGUCACAUUUUUGCAGGUUUAAUAGUUUCCCAAAAAAAAGGGUUAAAACAUCUUUGCUCGGGCCGUGACGAUUUUGGGAGCAAAAGAGGUCACGCAGAUCUAGAAAGAAAAAAGGUUGCUGCAUUCAAGCUCACCACUCAGCGAAAAUGUCUUUUUGAUUCAGCGCUCCCUCCCUCGCCCCUUCCACACGAGGCGAAAAAGUAGUUUUGUACUGCUUUGUGUACACGUUUUUCACAUCAAUGCAGUGCCUUCAGUGUAUGUUGGAGUUACAAGAACACAAACCUAAGAGGGAAAAAGCUUCAAAACAGACUGUAAUCGCUCCGUCUCGACUGCUCACGACAGCACAUUUCUUUGUUUAGAUUUUCUCCUAUUCUCUGAGCUAUAAUCCCUCAAUCGCUCAUUUCACAAUCCCCACCGCGCAGUGACUUUGCUACAGUCUGCUGUGGCUUCGUUGUUUUUUUUGUUUUGUUUUGUUUUCUUUGUUUUUUUUCAUGUCUUGGUAGACUCCCAGCAACAGAUGUUGGUCGUUUUUUUGUUUUUUUUUUGUGUGUUUUUUUGCUGAAAAAAAAAAACGUGUAAAAGCGCAGCGGCAUCUGGUAGGAAUUUACGUUCAAGUCGAUGCAAAUCCUCCUGCAUACAUUCCCGUUCUGUGUUUCUUAUUUGUAAUGUCUGUAUGUGCCGUUGAGAGACGAAAAUGUUGAGUGACAUUUAUCAGAGAUAUAUUCUAUAUUUUAUUUGUAUUUAAAGGUAGAUAUUAUGAAAAGACAAGCUAAUGAGUGCUGUGAUGUUCUAUAUGUUUUCAGAAGUACUUACUUAUGACUAGUCCGGGGAUAUUCUCACGUCUAAUUAUUGUGUUGUGUGGCAACGAUGAUUACUUUACAAAAAUGUUAAUUAUUAGCUAUGUAGAAAUAUGCUCAAAGCCAAUGGCCAUAUUGCUGUAUGAUGAUUUUUUUUUUUUUGUGUGUGUGUGCGUGUGUGUUUUUGCAAUGUUUGUACUGGCUUGUCAUAGUGGAUUCUUGGAGGGAUAUUAUUUUUCUAUGCUGAUUUGUAUGUUAUUUGUGUGAAAAAUUGAGGUCACUUCCGAAUUAGCGGGGGCGGGCAGAUCCAUGGGAUGUUAAAGACAAGUGAGGAGUGCAUGGAAACGAAAGAUGGAGAUGAGGAGGAGAUAAGAGGGUUGAGGAGUUGUCAGACGAUGGAGAAAGAAAGUUAGGCAAAGGUGGACGAGGAGGGGAGGGGGCAGGAAGAUGGAAAAGGGGCGGUGCUUUGAUUCACUUGAAAACCUCCAUCAGUCACAGGCCUGUUUCAGCCCAGACCUGCUCAGACAGGCCCCGGACUUCAUGGAGUCGAGGCCACUGAAUAGUGCUAGCAAUAUCAUUUAUAAGCAGGCAUUGUAACGCAUUAGACUGUGUUGACAAAUAACUCCUUUAAAGAUAUGAGGCAUAUAUAUUUAGCUAUAUGAAUAUCUGUGGCAAAAAAAAGCAUUUAUUCUCAAUAUUUUAACGUGUCACAUCUGUCAAACUGUGCUGGAUGUUUUGUAAUACCUGCAAAACAAAAAAUGGUUUUUGUAUUUAUUACUUGUAUUUUUUCUAUUGUGAAAAUUUAAGUACAUUGUCUAUUUUAUAUAUUAAUUAUAAUAAAUGUUGUACAUAUUGUACAUAAAA